GAGGAACGGAUAAUGAUGUGAACAGAUAACAACAGAUAAACAAGAGCCACGGCCUGCAGGUCUCACGUCACCACUAGAUCCCCCUGGCCCCCCCUUCCCUGCCAGAAGAAGGAGGACCCUCUGGCUCGCUUUCUGAACGGCCAUCGCCAGCUCCAGCUCGGCCCGGCUCCGGCUCUGCGCUCUGUCCUCCCCGCCAGCAGGUGCCCCCAGACCCCCGGCUCCUCCUCUGCAGCCGUCACAGCCUCGGCCUCUCCCCCUCGCCCCGCCGCUUCCUGUUGCCGCGAUCCGGGCGCUGAGCUGCGGGCGCCCGGGCGCCCGAGGCUUCCCGGUGCGCUCCGCCAGGAUGGCAUUAGCUCUGUGUCUGCAGGUGCUGUGCAGCCUGUGUGGCUGGCUCUCGCUCUAUAUUUCUUUCUGCCGCCUGAAUAAGCACCGAAGCUAUGAGUGGAGCUGCCGGCUGGUUACCUUCACCCAUGGAGUCCUCUCUAUAGGCCUCUCAGCUUAUAUUGGCUUCAUUGAUGGCCCAUGGCCUUUUACCCACCCAGGCUCACCUAAUACACCUCUCCAAGUUUACGUUCUGUGUCUCACCUUGGGCUACUUCAUCUUCGACUUGGGCUGCAUCUGGCGCUUUGCGUGGAGGAAGAGCAUCAAGAAGUAUCAUGCUUGGAGAAGCAGGCGGAGUGAGGAGCGGCAGCUAAAACAUAAUGGACAUCUCAAAACACACUAGCCAAGGCUGGCUCCAGAUAACGGAUCGGGUUAAGUCAGCCAUGGGAACCAGGCUGGAUAGAUGGUUGUUAUGGAGUUAUGUGUAUAACAAACUUAGCUUUCAAAAAAAGGGCUAAACUUAUUGAUCAAUUUGGUCAGUCUUUAAGCCAAGUGUAUACCAGUAUUCAACACUAACUUGUGUAGUGGCACAGUUGUAGAAGGUGAGACUUCUCAGUGGUAGUGGGGAAUAAGUCAGAACUGUGAAGUGAGUACUCCUGGCACCUGUUUUCAUGUGUAGUAACCUGAGUCCUCUUGUCCCUGGGAGGUUCGAUAUUCAGACAGCUUAGAAAGGAACUCAAAAAAGAUUAGUGCUAUUUUUUUUCCUUUGAAAAGCAACUCCUUCAACAGACACUUAUUCCUGCUUUCUUCAUAGCAAUUUAUGUAAGUUCAUCCCAUUUACUAUAAAGUGAGGGACUUUCAGGAAGAGACAUGCUUUUGGCAUUCUGAACAUUGAAUCAGGGCAUUGGAUCUGUUUAAACAAAGGGGAUAGAAGAGUGGGAGUGAAACU